CUUUCAUUCAUCACCGGAACUGUGCAGCUCCGUGCAUCAGCCGUGAUAACCGCCUGCCAUCCUCCGACCCGCCGACACCAAGGACACCACCACCGGCCAUCAUCCGCGUUAUUUCAAGAUGAAGAUUGACACCAGCCUGACCAUGCUCCAGCUCCCAGAGGCCCUGUCCCAGGCAGGCCUUCAGUUUUCUGUGGCCACUGAGGAGGACUUUGAUGAGAUCAUGGGCAUGAGCCAGGGUAUCUAUGGAGGCCUCGACUACCUGCCCACAAGAUACACCGACUGGCUGCAGGAGACCAACCGCACCGUCAUAUUGGCCCGCAAACAGGGAAAAGUGAUUGCUCUGGAGUCAGUGGUUGUGAUUGACGAUGGGGAGACGAUGCUGGUGGAAGGUCUACGUGUCGCCCCUCAGGAAAGGGGUAAGGGUGUGGCUGGGGUUCUGCUGCGCUUUUGCUCUGAUCUGGUCAAAUCCAAGUUCGCUGAUGCCAGAGUAACCCGCUUGACCCGUGACGAUCAGCUCGGACCCAAGGAUUUCCAGAAAUAUCGCCUCAUAACCAAGCAGGGUAUUCUCCUGGUGCGCUUCAGGGCUGAAGAACUCAAGCUGCGUCUGUCUGAUCUUGGUCUUGGAGAUAUUCAAUCUUCUUUGUCCACCUCCUUCAAACCUCCUCCAGUGCGUCUCGACAAUACAGCCAUCCGCCGGCUGUAUCUGACCUCUGAUCGGAUGCAUGGGGUCCUUCCUAACGCCACCAUCAUUCAAGAUUGGCAGCCAUUCAAGCUUCUACCCAGUAACAUGGCUAUUGUACUGAAGAAGGACAUUGACUGGAUGGUCGAUGAUGUGGCCAACCCUACUGUGGCCAGCCUCUGUACAUUCCCUUUCAGGGUGCCCAUUGGAGAUGACUGGUAUUACCUGAACAUUGACAUGUUCGGUAAGGACCUGGAUCAUGUCCGGCAGCAGUUCCUGUGCCACCUGCAGCGCCACACUGCCACUCUGAAGGGUCACGUGAUGUGCCAGAUGUUCCUGGACCCCCCACUCUGGAAGCCCAUGAUGGAAUUCUGCCGCAACAUCUUGAACGUGGAGCUGGUGAAGGACUACACCGAGCAAUGCGUGGUGGAGUCAGACGUCAUCUAGCUACGGGAGGUGGAUGGAGAGGAGUGGGAGACGUUGGAGCCAGAAAGGAAUAAGGACAAGGGGCAAAACAACAAGGAGUGGACACAACUCAAUUACACAACAAAAACAAAACCUUUGUAUUGAGGAGGUAGAAACCAGGCAAACAAAAUGUAGGUUCUACAAAACAAAACAAGUUUUUGCUGGUAGCGCAGUUUCAUUUGACGAUACCUAAAUAUAUACAGAGGGUGGACAUGAAAUAACAUGAAGUAAUCAGAUACAAUAAGUCUGUUACAAAUACAUUUGUAAAGGCUAUGAUAUUCAAUUGUUGUUUGAGGUGUUGAUACAACCUCAUAUUUUUAGGUACAAUUUUUAAGGCCUUAUAGUUUUGAGGUGUGGUUAAUACUUUGUGACCAAAAAAGAGAAGGGGCUUAAACAUUAACAGUAGAUGUUUCCAUGGGUCCAGAUAACCCCUUAAAAUGCAUACAUACCUUUUUUUUCUUAUUCAACCCAAUUUAAAGGGCUUCCAAGAGUAGUCAAACACAAAUUGAAUUGAAAGAUGAUUAUUGGGCGGGUUUUUGGCCCAACACAUUGCUUAAAUGUAUACAAUCCAAUGAUUGGAAACUGAUGCAGUCCAAAGCAACAACACUACAAACUCAAUCCUCAAAUUUAAAUAUGGAGUUGAAUCAUUACUUUAUUAGUUUAUCCUGACUAUGAUUACAGGGGUUUUUAUUAAUAUGUCCACCCUCUGUAUGUCAUUUGACUGGGGAAGGUAUAAUAAGAGUGAUGAGCUUGGGAAGGCUUUCUCACACCGGUAGCAGUGAUGUACCCUGAAACCUAAAAACAGUCAACAUGCAAAUGCUAUUCUUUUAUAAGAAACACAAUCUUUUACCCUUAGGGCAUCUCAAACCUUUCAUCUCCGUUCUUUCUGUAAAUAUUAACCUUUAAAUAUGUACACAAGCUGAGUUGGGUUACUAAAUCUGCACAACUCUGAAGGCACUUUAUUAAAACUACAGACAGGUUGUGUCUACGUUAGAAUGAAAGGAAUAGUUCAGGAUCAAAUAGGGGUAAUUAACAGAUCCCAUCACUCUUUUGUUGAUGGGUGCAUCUUUCAACUAGUAGGCUAUUCCUUGUAAACAACAACAACAAAUCUCUGCAGAAACAACAAACAAAGCCUGUCAUUUUAAAUGAACAUGCUCAGUCACAAAACGGCUGGCAAUUUAUCCUUCGUCAUGUUCAAGCUUAUGUCUUAGCUUUUGUCUUUUUUAUUGUUUCUAAAUCUUUUACUGUAUAUAUAUGUUACUAAUUUAAUAUUUUCACUUAAAUGCUGCAAUAACAUUUUAACAGAAAUGAAUAACUUCUGAAGCUGUAAGUGAAGUUGAGGCUUACUUUUGUAGAUUGCCAGCAUAAUGCCAAACAAAAUGCUAAUGCUUGAAAUUUUUUAACAGACUACUGUGGAGUUUACUACUGGCUUCAGCUAAUGCAGGGAGGAGGAGAACGGAAACAACUGUUUGAAUUAACAGAAAUAUACUGAUGUUUUAACCAUCUUUAGCUGGCAAACGCCUUUUGAAAAAUGCUGUCAACUUCAGAAGGACAACUUCAAACAUGUUAGAGCACACUAAUCUCUAGUUUAUUGUCCAGACAUAAACAGAAUAUUGUGGUUUAUACCAUGGCCAAGGACAGUACUCAUUUCUGAACAAUUGGCACGUGUCUAUUGAAAUGCUAACUGCAUGGCUAUGUUGGUUUGUAUGUUGGUCCAUCACUUUUUUACAGACAGAAGUAUCUUGACAAAUAAGCCUGCUAGAUGAAUCGCCCUGAAAUGUGGUAGAGUUAACAAAUUCUAUAAUCCCUUGACUUUUCAUAACGGCACCAGUAGGCAUACGGUUUUUACUUAUGCAGUGAAAUAUUUCAGCAUUUCACACAGAUUGGCUGACAAUUUAGUCCAACUUUUAAUACACACAUGCAUGUCUCCUCGGGAUAGAUUGUAAUAACUUUGAAUGACUUUUCAUCUGGCACCAUAAUCAGAUCACCAUUUUCAUUUUGUUUAAAACUCAAAUACCUACAAAACUAAUUACAUUCCCAUCAGCCUCAGCUCUUAUUUUUUAUUUAUUAGCAAAUGCUAAAUUAGCAUGAUAACAUGCCUCACUGAAAUGGGAUACAUGUUAUAUAUUAUACCUGCUAAAAAUGAUCAUGUUAACUGUCAUUGGGAGCAUAUUAGCAUGCUAACAUUAGCAUUUAGCUCAAAGCAUCGCUGUGCCUGUACAGCCUUGCAAAGCUGCUAGCAUUGCUGUAGACUUGUUUUUUUGGUGAGUGGCCAUGGUAUAAGCACAAUACCAGUGUGUCGCCAUAGAGAAAAUAAUGAACUUGUUGGAGGACACAAUACUCAAAACCUUUGGCCUACAUGUAGGCCAUUAGCCACUACAUUUUAAACUUUAUAAAGGCAUCUUAACAGGCCUUAAAUGUUUUAACACAUUUUUUUACAUUUUCUUAAUUGCCCCUUUGGCAUUAAAAUGACAUCAAGCAUCCAUAGCGCAGAAAACACACACUUGUUACACUCUCUAAAUCUCCCUUUAAAUGCCCAUUUAGAGGGUGGGACACCCGACCAUUAAUCUGAGCCAGAGAGAAGAAUCUUGUUGGGAAAACAUCUCAGUUUGUAUACUGUACAACUAUUUUACCUCCCUGUUGCCUUGACCAACUAUUUUCUUGACUUCGACCCCUUUCUUCUUCUGGUAUGCAAUUUUAUAGGUGUAAGAAUGACUGGGCCUUUUUCUAAGACUAAUAAUGAGUCAAAUCGUCAAAAAGUAUGGAAAGAAAGGAGAAAUCCAUUAAAGAUUCAUAUUUUAGCAAAGGCCUAGUAGAGUGGCCAUAAUCUUCGACAUUUUCCAGGGAGCAUAGCAAAAUAGGAGGGAUAAUAUAUUUUUACCGUAAUGUUUGUAACCAAAGAAAGUCACCACUCAUCUAUACCGAUGCCCUAUCAUUUGCUGCCAGGAGUGAAGUGAGGAUAUAGAAGGAUAGAAGACCAUGGGUGUGAUUAUUGUUUUCACGUGAUCACAAACUAUUUUUUGUAAUUUAUUUAUAAAAAUCUCUGUUAAUUUGUGAUCACCUUAUUUGGUCUUAACCCAAACUGCGUUCUCAUGAUUCUGAUUCGGAUAUGAUAAUCAUGUAUUAUCAAGCCAAAAGAGGCCCUACUCUUUGCUAACAUUCUGAUUUGGUAGCUCAU